AUGAGCCUUCCUACCGGAUUCCCUGAACAGCUUAAGGGCCCCAUGGCCUGGGAUGCAUCUGACUUUGUCCAGAACCCAGAGGCUUACACUCUGACACUGACUGAGAGUGACCUCUUGGGAAUACGGACAGCCGUCAACCACUUCAAGGGCCUUGGCCUUCCGCGAGGCUCCGUGGAUCGGUCCAACUUUCCCCUCCCUGAGGCUCUCAUCACGAAGUUCCGGCAAAUCAAUGAUACCCUGAACAAUGGGCACGGCUUUCAAGUUGUGCGUGGGAUUGACCCGACCUCCUACAGCGAAGAAGAGCACAUCCUCAUCUUUGCGGGCAUCUGUGCCCAUGUGGCUACCCACCGAAACUGGUUCAUCGGUAUGUUUAUCAAGGACUUCCACACUGAUGUGGACUCGGGACCCAUUCUCGCACUUUUCAUGGAGAAGCAGUCCAAAUAUGGUGGCAACCAGCACCUCUCGAGCUUCUGGACCAUCUACAACUCCCUUGCUAGGGAGUCCCCUGAGGUCAUCAGGGAGCUUGCAUCCAACUGGCACUGGGAAAUGCCAGACAAAGAGAAUCUUGAUGGACCCAACAUUGUCCUCCCAUCUCGGCCAAUCAUUGGCAAAGCGGAUGGAAGGUUGCAGAUCAACUUUGCCAAGGCAUAUCUUGCCAACCACCCCCAGUACCCUAUGAACAAGGGCUCGCCAUCCUUGUCCCCUUCGCAAGAGGCUGCUCUCAAGAUCCUCACCGAAACAGCAAGGAGACACAGUCUUCAGCUUGAUACCAAAGCAGGCGACCUUGUUCUGGUCAACAACCUCGCCAUGAUGCACGCCAGAGACGCCUUUGUUGACGAUGUAGUCUCUGGCGAUGUACGUCACGUGCUCAGGCUCUGGCUUCAAGAUCAAGACAGCUGGCCCGUAGCUUCUUCCCUUGGGUACAUUGAACCGGAGAAGACGUGGCACGUUUCGGAUAAGCAUCAGUCGCUUCGUACACUGUCUGAAUGGGUUACACUUCCCCGACCCAUCCGUGCGGUUGAUGCAGCUGCAUCGCAAAAGCAUGCCUGA